AUGCAGUCUCCCAAAAAGGGCCUGAUCUGUAACCUGAACCACGUCCACCUGCAGCAUGUUUCCUUGGGUCUCCACCUGUCGCGCCAUCCGGAACUCCAAGAGGAUGCCAACACGUUGGCGCCCCCGAGAGACCGGGUGGGUUGCCAGGAUUGCCGCGGUCACAGCGGCAACACCCGCGAGCUGGUAGACGCCAACUCCAACAACCCGUCCCUGCCUUGCCGCUGCUGCGACGGCCACACGCUGCAUUCGGAUCUCAAGCGAGGCCUCCAGGGUCAGCCUCUCUCGCCCAACUGCCUGGCUCUGAAACGUGAGGAAGAAGAGGAGGAUGAAGAAGAAGAGGAAGAAGAGGAGGAGGAGGCAGGUUCCCCAUCGGAGCUGGGCUCCUCAUCAGUUAGCAGCUCCUCAGAUAUCAGCCUGGACGAGAGCCCAGUAUCUGUGUACUGCAGAGAAUUUCCUGCUGAGGAGCCCAGGAGUCCUGAGAACCAGCCCAACAUUGUCCCCUUGGAAGAUGCGCGUGGCAUCCUUCCCCUGGCUGACCGCAAAGACGAAAGCUUGAACCUCAACACCCAUAUCGGCGAGCCUCGCCCGUCCCGUGUCUGGGACAGCCCCGACAGCUUGUGCAGCGGUAGCUCGCUGGGGUCCACGCCUGACAUGUCUUCUCCGUGUGGGGAAAGCCCGGUCAAGUCGCCCCUCGCUGAUUCCUGCAGGGCUCCCCUGCCUGUACCGCCCCCGACCCGUCCCUUCAGGGCUCCCCCAGCCGUGCCAGCCCCCAAAAUCAGCCCGGAGCUGGAUUCAAACUGCAAUGCUCUCCCGAGCUGGGAAGCAGAGCCCGGAAAGCUCUUAGUGGACGUCAACUCGAACCAGGCUGCUCCGCCGAGGCCUCGUGUUUUGAGUGGCCCUCCGCCGGUGCCCCCCAGAACGAAGAGGGGGCUUCAGGGGUUGAGGCGAGGCGAAGCAGGGAAGCCUGCGGUGACCCCGGCAGACCUGCCGCCCUGCCAUGGCGACCCGCAGGCCGCGGGCAGCCGGAAGAACAUCACUUCCUUCCACGAGUUGGCGCAGAAAAGGAAGAAGGCCGCAGCGUCGGUGGGGCCCCCAGCUCAGACGAGGAAGGACCAGAGCGACUGGCUGAUCGUCUUCUCCCCUGACACCGAGCUGCCGCCGUCGAAUGAGCUGACGUGUGGCGUGGCCCCUUGCCGGGAGACACCCGGGCCCCCGACUCCACCCUCAGAGCCACCAGCCAACCCCGCCGGCCAAAGAGGGGUGACCACGUUCAAGGAAUUGCGCUGCCGGAAGCAGAAGGCCCAGGCGCCCGUGAAGAUGGGCACCCAAACCCCAUGGCAAGUAGAUCCCGGGAAGGGGGUUCCCGACGGGAGCGCUCCGCUGGAGGUUGUCGUGGAGCCACCACCAAGCGGGCCCUUCAGGCCCCCAAAGGAAAUCCCGCCCCGGAGGAGGAAAUCCCGCCCUGGGCUGCAGCCCAUUGUGGAGGGAGGCUUUGAAGAAGGAGAGGACGCAAGGAUGGAGGUGAAGGCGUCUGAUCGAAGCUCCGAGGGCCCAUCCAAUGGGAGGAGGGACCCCUGGAUGCCGGGGAAGGAGGACAGAGGAGAGAGGAGUUUUGUGGAGGGUAAGGCUCAGAUGAUCUCCCCAGAUGUGGAGACUCGGAUUUUGGAGAGUGGGUGGACCUGGUGCCUGAAAACAGAGCCACAUCUGUACCUUACAUUUGAAGCACUUUUGUACCACUUUACACAAUCGCUGCGUCCCCCAAAGCAAUAUUGGAGGACGCCGCUUGUUUGGGGUGCUGAGGGUGGUUGGAGGGCCCUCCCAGAGCUGCUGUUCUCAGAAUUCCCUGCUUGAUAAAUCACCCUGUGAACUGUGGCUCUGGGAGCGGAACAAGGGCCUCCGAAAGACUCUUAGCACCUCAAACUACAUUUCCCAGGGUAUUCUUUGCGGGAAGCCAUGACUGUUUAAAGUGAAUCAUAGGACUGCGGAGUUGUAAAGGACCCUGAGGAUUGUAUAGUCCAACCCCCUGCAAUGCAGGAAUCUCAAAAUGCAGCCCCCCCAUCUAGUUUGAAAUCACACCAGACCCUGCAUCGCUUUGGAAAUAUCCUAGCCGUUUUAUUAUUAUUUUACUUAUUAAAUUUGUAUACCACCCUAUACCCUUUCAGGGCUGUUCACACAGCGGUUAUUGCAAGUAUUGUGUAGAUGUGGCCCACGGAGGCAACUAAUGGGGGCAGGAAGGCACUGGUUAAAGCACAUUAGUGGUUCCUAGUUCCUUAUUUCCACAAAAGUUUGAAAGAGAGCUCAGUCAGGAAAUGGAAGUUGACGUGCCUUUUAACCGCUUCCCUCCCCAAAACACCAACCAACAAGCCUUAGCCUACCAAAUACCAUAUAACCCUAUGACUCCCUGUGUGUGUGGUAUGGGGAUUGUAAAAGAUGUGGUUGACUAAGAGGGGGAAUAUAUCUUCGGGGUGGGGGUGGGGUGCUUAUUCUCCUCAAACUUCAUAUCUACAUGUGUUUUACUUUGGGAAUUGUAGCUCUGGCAGGGGACUCGAGGUCUCCUAACAACUCUCAGCACCUUUAACAGACUACAAUUCCCAGGAUUCUUUGGGGGAAGCCAUGACUGUUAAAGUGGUAUAUUAGUACUUUAAAUGUAUGGUGUGGGUUCAAAUCCUCCACUCUUCCUGUGAGGCACAGCGGGUGACCUUGGGCCAAUCACUCUUUGUGUGUGUCUCUCACGCUCUCCCUGCCUAAAUUACCUCACAGGAUUCUUGUGGGGGUAAAAUGGGGUGUUUCCCCACAACCACUAUGUAUGUUCUCCUAAAUGGAAAGCUAGGAUUAAGAAUGGAAGCAGAGUGUGGCGUCUCCAUCGAAACACAGUUCUCACAGCAUUAACACUCCAUUAGAUCUUCCCACUCCAUUAAAUUCCCAGGGAGAUCUCCAAGCCACAACUAUGGGCCCAACACAGAGCAAGAUAAGCACCUUCCAGUAUCAGCCAACCGCACUCCCAGCCUACUUUGGGCUAUUGUUCCCCAUGUGGGGAAUUGGGGAAAAGGCCAUCCAUUUGUCUCCAUGGCAACAGGGCAACCUCUUUGGACAUGUAAAUAGCAGCACUUAACAGGCCAUUAGAAAGUAUUCUUAAGAUAAUGAUCUUACAAAGAAACUUGUCUGACCAGAUCAGCAGCUGUCUUCUUAUAAAUUAUAAUCCCAGAGGUAUUAUCUAGACUGAACCCCACCCCCCAAACCUAUAACAAUGUGUUAUUUGUUUUUCCUGGAGUGCUGAAAGUAGUUUCAAAGCAGGAAUGUGGUCUGUGACUGGGGCGCUCCCUUAUUGCGUUCAAAAGAGUGCGCCACCUAUGCGCUCAAGUAGUCGAGGUAUACAAAUGAACAAGUGUAUACUUUGGCUGUGUACAUUCGAUUCACCCAAAGCACAGUUAAAGCAGAGGACUUCACCCCCAAAGAAUCUUGCAGUUUCCUAGCACCCUUAACAAACAACAGCUCCCAGGUUUCCUUCAAACUGCACAGCGCAGAUGCAGUCCUUUUUUUGCACAAACAUUAGCACAUUUCCAGGGACAUCUUGUGCUUUUGUUCAGGGUGGCGUCUGACAGUCACGCACGCUCCACUUACAUCUCUGCUCUGCUAUUGUGAGUUUUUAGUUGGUUUCUUGUUUUGCUUUAAUAGAAAGAAGAAAUCAAUGCACCUCUCGCUCUCUCGCCAGCCUCUAAGGCACACCUUGAAUCUGGUUACCUGGCCUAAAAUUAAUAAAUAACCAAAAGGAGUUGCUCUGAUUGGUUAAAGUGGUUGUCAGUCGGAGCUAGGGUAACUUCUCCCUCCCCCUGCUGCCUGCCUUCCUCAACAACACACACUCAUGCACUUCUGUUCGCAGGAGGAAGCAGGAAGCAGAUAACCACUUUGCAUUUGUCUUCCUGGGCUGACAACCUUUGCAGUACUUUCCCUUUCUUUCUCUUUCCCCGGAAGCAAACUGAAUCCUUGCCCCUUCCACUCCACCCACCCCUAAAACGGGGCAAGAUGUGGGGGCAACUGUGGAGCUAUAAUCGGCUGCCUUUUCCUGGUUCGGAGAGAAUCAUUUGUUUGUUUUUUUAAGGUAAUGUAACUUCAACGGCCCACGUCACCGUGGCAGCGGUUCACUUAGGAAAUUUUAGACUCUGGACUUCAGAGUCUUUUGUGGAUUGAGGUCUGUGUGCUCUCUUCCGAUAGUACAGUGGUACCUCGGGUUAAGUACUUAAUUCGUUCUGGAGGUCCGUUCUUAAUCUGAAGCUGUUCUUAACCUGAAGCACCACUUUAGCUAAUGGGGCCUCCUGCUGCCGCUGCGCCGCCAGAGCACAAUUUCUGUUCUCAUCCUGAAGCAAAGUUCUUAACCCGAGGUACUAAUUCUGGGUUAGCGGAGUCUGUAACCUGAAGCGUAUGUAACCAGAGGAACCACUGUAAUGUGGAUUACUUUGUGAGACUUAAAGCCAAACUUGCUAAAUUUCAGGGUGGGGAAGUUUCUGUUCCAGAUUGGGGGCUUUGGAACAUAGAAAGCUGCCUUCUGCUGAGUUAGACCACUGGUCCAUCUCCCUCAGUGCUGUCUACACUGACUGGCAGCAGCAGCAGCCACUCUCCAGGCUUUCCAACCCUACCUGAGAUGCUGGAAAUUGAGCCAGAGACCUUCGAUUUGCAAAGCUCUGCCGUUGAGCUAUGGCCCUCCCCAGAGUUUGAGACAGUGUCUACUGCCAGUCCUACCUGGAGAACACGGAGAGCUACCUUAUAGAUCAGACCACUUCUCCAUCUACCUCAGUAAUGUCUACACUGGCUGGCAGCAGCACACACCAGGUCUUUAGGCAAGGGGGUAUUUUCCCAAUCCUACCUGAAGAUGCUGGGAGUUGAGAACAUGGGACCUUCUCGUAAACCACUGAGAGGCUUUACUACAAACAAGUAGUCUAUAAAUUUUGUUAAAUAAAUUAAGAUUAGAAAGCAUUAGCAGUCUCAUACCUGGAAUCGCCCGGGGAUUGUAACAAACAAACACAAAUCAGCACAGUUUUGACAUCUGUGGUUAAAAUCAGUGCAGUUUUGAAAGAUUCAGUUCUGCCAUCUUAAUUCAAAAUGGUGUGUGAUUGUAUCCAAACAUAGCAGGGGCAGAUUGUCUCUUUUGGAUGCCUGAGGGCUUUUCCUACACCAGACAGGGCAAGCUUGUGACCCUCAAGACAUUGUUGGCCUCUCAACCCUCCUCAGCCCAAGUCAGUCAGGGAAAAUGGGAGCUGGAAGUCAAGCAACAAACAGAAGGCUUCUCAGGCCAUAUUCACACCAUGCAUUUAAAGCACUAUAAAGAGUCAUGGCUCCCCCCAGAUAAUUCUGGGAGCUGUCACUUGUUAAGGGUGAUGAGAGUUCUUAGGGUGACCCCUCAUUCCCCUCCCAGAGCUACAGUUCCCAGAGUCCCCCACGAAAAGGGCUUGGCUGUUAAAACCACUUUGGGAAUGGUAGCUCUGGGUGGGGAACAGGGGCCUCCUGACAACUCCCAGCACCCUUAAUGAACUUUUAUCUCCCAGAAUCCUUUGGGGGGAUGCCAUGAAUGUUUCAAAUGGUAUCUCAUGUAUGGAGCGAGUGGGGCAGAGUCCCCCAACUCUGGAUUAGGGUCCUGCAUUUCCCAGCUGAAGACACGCAGCUUCUCCAAACGAGAUUGGGUGUUUUUGGGGACGGGAUUGUUUUGUGUUGCGUGUCUCAUGACCAUUAUGUUUGUUCGUUGUCUGCUGUGUGACAUCUGGAAAUAACUUUGUUUUGUUUUGUUUUGUUUCAUAUUCUCUCCUCUUCCUCUCCUUCCUUGCUCUUGACCCCCACCCAAAACCUCUUUCUGGCUUCCCCUCCCACACCCCUGUCCCGCUUCCCAUGUCAAUCAAUCAAUCAAUCACGCUGGUCUGGCUCGUCUGGCUUCCAUGCAUUUCUCACUGGUUUGUUGACCUCACAUACUUUCCCCCAUCCAUCCUUCCCUCGCUCUGCACUGGCUUCUCUCCUUGGUCCUGCUGCCGCGACCUUCUGGCCCCCUUGCCCUCGCUCUGGCCUGCAGCUGACGCCCUCCUUGCCCGCUCCUCCAGGCCUCAGAACCUGCCCUACCCACCUCUCCUGGUCCAUUUCUCUGUGGUGGACGGCCCGGCACCCCUGCACCCCUCACUCUGCACUGGCUUAGAGAGUGUGGAGCUGAGCUCCCCUGCCCCUCCUGCCCCGGCCUUCUGCCCUAGGCUCAAGACCUUGUCCUGUGAGGAGGUCUGUCUCCUGGCCGGGCGGCAGGGGCAGGUCUUGGGCACCCUCUCGCCCGAGGAGCUGCUCCCCAUCCGCCUCUCCCCCAUUGGGGCCUACUCCCCCCCUGCCAGGAGCGUUUUGCCUUUCCUGGAGAGCCCUGACCUGGCCGUGCUGUUCUCACCCCUCUUCCCCCGCAGCCGCACCUUCCCCGCCUUAGCUUUCCCACCCCGCCAGGUGCCCGAGCGGCCGUUUGGAGCCCGCCGCGCCCCCCUUGACAGCCAGGCUGGAGCAGGGCUCGGGAGAGUGCCCUGGGGCAGUAUGGAAGCCAGAGAGCCGGGAGCUCCCAAGCAACGUAAGCCACCUAUCCCCUCAUUCUCCCUCCUUCUCCUUCCCACCUUCCCUGCCUCCGUCACCUGUCCCCCAAACUGUGCACCUCCUUGAGGGGUUUGGUUGAAGGCUGUGAGGCCAAAGCAGCUGUCCGCACAGAGACAGAGGCUGCCCGUUGCAACUCUGUGCGAGUUGCCGUUCUGGCUUCAUCCAAUCAGGUUCUUGUGGGUACGGCUAUUCCUGCCCUUUGGCAUCAGGUGUGUGCAACUGGACGGGGGACUUGAGGUCCUCUAGACCAGUGGUUCUCAAACUUUUUUGUGCUACCGCCCCCCUCGGUUCUAUAAACUCAGCUCCAGUGGUCCCCCCCCAUCUCUAAAAAGCAUUACGCAGAACUGCGGUUUGCAUGGCCCGCUAAGGGGGUAAUAACACAGUGAAAUUCAAAACAGUAACAAUCAAUUGCACAUUCAUUCAGAAUGUUGUUUAGUCGUUUAGUGGUGUCCGACUCUUUGUGACCCCAUGGACCAGAGCACGCCAGGCACUCCUGUCUUCCACUGCCUCCCGCAGUUUGGUCAGACUCAUGUUUGUAGCUUCGAGAACACUAUCCAACCAUCUCGUCUAUUCAGAAUAGAAUGAAAACUAUUUGCAGGCAGCGACUGUUUUAGGGGAUAUGUGUGCUAUUGCGCACAUGCGCAUUGCGCUGAACCCAGAAGUGCCCUGAAAACAUCGUAAAAAGGGAUGGAACAGGACGGGGGGGCAGAACAGGGCGGGGUGGCCCCGGUGACCUGCAUGGGGGGUCCAGAACAUAGCAAAUUGGUCUCUGUCUUUAGAUUAAUUAAAGCAACUAAAUAGAUGAACUUCAUCUAGUGAUACCAGCUUUUCGAAAUCUGAUCAUCAUUUACAUCUCCCUCUUGCCUCUUAGCAUCCACCCCACAAGUAAUGGCACUGCCCCCCAGGAGGUGGUACCAUCCACAUUGGGAACCAAUGCUCUCUAGACUCUCUUAUUAUUGAUCACUGCAACCCGCUCUGGGAGGUGUUUUUGGGCUGAAGAGCUGGGUAAAAAAUGCUUUUGACAAAUAACUUGGUUGGACUCCAGCUCCCAUCAGCCCCAGCCAGUGUAAACAAUGGCCAGGGAUGAUGGGAGUUGUAGUCCAGCAACAACUGGAGGUUUCCCCUACCUGUGCUAGAAAAAGAAUUAACCACCCUGAGAGGAGGCUAAUAGUCGCGUGUUUCUGAUCAUCUCCAGUCCAGACUGGUUGCCUAAGUCAGGAUAUAUACCUUGCCAGGAAAAUACAGGGGGAGAGCUCUUUCAAGGAGGGUGCAAUUCAAAGAGCUAUAGAGGGACCACUAAAGUUCAUCCUCCUGCUGAUGGGAAACCAUACCUGCAUGCCUCCUGCCCACAGCUUCAUUGGCGCAUAUACAGCGUGUCUGUGUACAUAUACAUAUACAUAUACAUAUACAUAUACAUACAUCUAUACAUAUACUAUAUACCGUAUUUUUUGCUCUAUAAGACUCACUUUUUCCCUCCAAAAAAGUAAGGGGAAAUGUGUGUGCGUCUUAUAGAGCGAAUGCAGGCUGCGCAGCUAUCCCAGAAGCCAGAACAGCAAGAGGGAUUGCUGCUUUCACUGCACAGCAAUCCCUUCUGCUGUUCUGGCUUCUGAGAUUCAGAAUAUUUUUUUUAUUGUUUUCCUUCUCCAAAAACUAGGUGUGUCUUGUGGUCUGGUGCGUCUUAUAGAGCGAAAAAUGUGGUGUGUGUGUGUGUGUGUGUAUAUAUGUAUAUAUUGUUGGGGAAACUAAAUGAAACCAUUCACAUUCUGCUUUGUGUGUUUUCUUCAUCUUUGAAAGUACAGUGUGUUCUAUAUCGUAGCACCGCAGCUUGCCACAUUCUGAAUGUUGAUUUUUCCCUCUCUCUUUUCGAUGUGGAUAACUUGAAUGGACUCAAACUGAGAACUGAACUAGUUUGUUUUGUAAAAGGAUGAACCUGAACAGGGAUGUAGUUCCUUUUUGUGUGUGUGUGUGGACAUCUUCAACUAGAACAAGUUCAUUUAAUAAUAAUCAUAAAACCUUUCUAAGCUCUGGUUUUAAGUGGCAUUCCACAAGGGCCUGGUGGCGAAAUGAUCUAGGUAUCUUGCUUUUGGGGGGAGCAGGGAGCUGGGAGAUGUGUUGGAAAGGAAGAGGGACGAGAGGGGGACACACAUCUGCCUGAGUAAGGUGGAUCCCUCCUUGUUGUCAUGCCAAAGCACGAUCUCUCAAAUCAUCUGUAGAAGCAACCCUCUUGCUCCCCAACAUCUGAGUGCCAGGUCUGGUCUGCAAGCACCAACCUGGAUUCGAUGGGUGCGCUGAGGCUGUUCCAUCACUGAAAGGUUCCCUUGGUCCAUAUAUUCAUAGAAUUAUAGAGUUGGAAGGGACCACAAGGGAUAUGCAUUCCCAUCCCCUGCAAUGCAGGAAUCUUUUGCCCAGCAUGGGGCUUCAACUCAUGUCCUUGAGAUGGAGAGUCUCAUGUUGCACCAGUUGAACUGUCCCAGGUGUAUAUCAUCUCUGACCAUCCUGGCUGGGGCUGAUGGAAGCUGGAUCCCAGCAAUACCUGGAGGGGCACAGGAUCUUCAUCUCAGCUGAGAUCCAGGACCUGCAGUUCUCCCUUUCCUAAAGGGAAGUUUUUAAUGUUUGAUGUCUUGUCAUGUGUUUAAUAUUCUAUUGGGAGCCGCCCAGAAUGGCUGGGGAAACCUUGCCAGAUGGGCAGGGUACAAAUAAAUUAUUAUUAUUAUUAUGGUUAUUAUUAGGGUUUAGGUGAUCUAAUUCAAGCCAUGACUGUCUGAAUCUGCCCAAUACUUCAUACUCUCUCUCUGUGUGUGUGUUUUAAAAAAAGAUUUCUUUUUCUUCGUUUCACUUUGUGAGGGCUUGGCUAAUAACUGGAAUAAAUAAAUGAAAAUCCUGGCAUCCACAGAGAAGCUAGAUAGCUUCUCCUCCUCCAUAUGUUGACUUCCCUUCUUUCUGUCCCAUCUUCUUCCAGUCAGACAUUCCCAGUCCUUUGGCGGGGUCCCGAAUACUAGCCAUCUGUGGGGGGCCGAUGCUGAUCGAGUCUUUGCCCAACUUCGAGAACAAAAGAAAGGUACAAUCUUAAAACACAUUAUCUAUCUAUCUAUCUGUCACUAUUGAUCAUCAAUAAUUGUUGAUCAGGAUUGGUUAUUAAUUCUUAUUUUUCAUUGUUGACAAUACUGAGCUUACUACCUGCGAAGUGCUAGGAAAUGUCUAGCCUCAUGGUGUUAACAAAUUAGACAAAAGUGUUCAACUUUAGAGGUUGGGGUGGGGGACAUCUUAGGAGAGGAAGGAGGGAAACACGGGCGAGGGGGGAGAGAUGCAAAGAGCCACCCAAACACCUUCAAUAUCUGGGAACUCUUCCCAACUCCUAUUCGGGCCUUGUUCGUUCCCAUGGCAACCCAUGUCUCUCCUGGCACCUUUAAUUCUUGAAAACCUGAAGGGAGGCCAAAGAGAUGAGGAUUUCCAUGGAAACAUGUUUUAUUCACAGGGAACCCCAGGAAGAUUUGAAAAGAAAGAGAGACAGGGAGGGUCUGCCACCUCCUUUUCCAUCUGCACCCCUAUGGGCAUCCAACGGAGAGGGGGGCAAACAUAAGUUUCCAGAUCCCCAUCUUUCAUUUAAAAGAGAAAGAAAGUGAGGCCCCAUUCUCACUAUACAUUCAAAGCACAGCAAUACACUUUAAAUAGUCAUGGCUUCCCCCCCCCAAAAAAAAUCUGGGAGAUACUGUUUGCUAAAGGUGCUGAGAGGGGUUAGGAGACCCCUUCCUUCUCCUCACAGAGCUACCAGUUGUUUAACAACCAAUUCCUUUCCCUAGGAAACUCUGGGAAUUGUCGCUCUAGGAGGGGAAAGGGGGCCUCCUCGCAACUUUCAGCACCCAUAACAAACUACAGUUCCCAGGAUUCCUUGGGGGAAGCCGCGGCUGCUUAGAGUGGUAUAAUAGCGCUUUGAAUGUUUUUGUUGCUGGCAUCUGUCUGUCUCGAGAGACAAAGGAGUGUGCCUCUGGGGGUGGCGUCAAACCGCUGGAGAAUCGCAGCUCCUGCUGUGGCCGCAGAGUCUGGGAAAUCAUAACUGCUGCCUCCCAUGUUGUUUUUGCCCCGUUAGUGGCACCAAAGUGACCUUUCUGGGGUGCAAGGCUGGGACCUGGGGCCCCUUUUCAGCCUCGCUGAUAUGAUCCAAAGGAAAGCAGAGCAAUACGUUUGUCACCAGCUUGGCUGCAGGAGUUGCUGGAGGUGUACAAGGCACCAUCCAACCUCCUUAAGGACUCCCACUCCUGAUUUGUGUAGUGCUUUGAAUGUAUAGCUCAGAUGAUGGUGAUAAUGAUGAAUUAAAUGCAGUGCUUCUUUCCUGGGGGGACGCAGGAGUAUACAUACCCCUAAACAUUUUGUGAAUCUAGGUUUGGCCUCAUUGAGGGCAAGUAUUUCAAUAUGAGAAGGAAAAUGAGAGUACCCCUAAACAUUUGUUUUAGAAAAAAAGCACUGAUUAAAUGUGUAUAUCACAUCCAAAGACCACAGGGCAGUUCACAACAUAAAAAUACAAAAUGAGAACACAAAAUACAUAAUAAAAGCAAACUGACAAUUUUAUCAGCCAGAGGCCUGGCUAUAGAGGAACAUUUUUGCCUGGCACCUAAAUAUAUCAUAUAUAAUGAUGGCGUCAGGCAAGCCUCCCUGAUGGUGCUAGUAUUUCAGCAGGAAGCUAUGACAUGUGUACUGUAUACUGUAGUGGUAUCUUGGUUUUUUAAUGUAAUCCGUUCCGGAAGACCAUUCAGGUUCCGAAAGGCUCGAAAACUGAAAACUCAGUACGGAAGCCUCAAUACGGAAAACUCAAUAUGGAAGCUGUGUUUUUGGUUCGACUUCUGAGGUGCGUUUGAAAACAGAAGUAUUUUCUUCCGGGUUUACGGCGUUCGAAAACUGAAAUGUUCAUCAACGGAGACAUUUGAAAACCGAGGUACCACUGUAAUUGGAAAAGAAGCGGGCAGUCUGCCCUGAUAUUGUUUGCAGGUGCAAGCAGCAUGAUCGCUCGCAACUGCCCCGAUACCACCAUAAGCCUAAAUCAUAACCAGAAAGGACUUAAUAAUAAUAACAAUAAUAAAAUUUUAUUUAUAUCCCGCCCUCCCCAGCCGAAGCCGGGCUCAGAGCGGCUAACAACAAUAAAAGUAAAACAGUUUACAUAAAAUCACAAUCCAUUAAUUGACAUGCAUUCUAAAAUCAAUUCAUUCUAAAAUCAAUUCAAAAUCAAAACUUCUGGAUGGCAGCCCCCGAAGCGCAAGCAAACAAUGCCCCCCCCCCGGGGUAAUCCUCUCUCUUCUCUUGGCUUUCCUCCAGCUUUGCUCGUGGCAGUCAGUGCCUCCGUGGACAAGAUCGUCGCUCAUUUCAGCACAGCCCGGAACCUCGUUCAGAAGGUUUGUUUUGACGUUACAUUUUAUGCAGCCGGCAGCUGGUGCCCCAUUGUGGGUGGUGGGGCGGAAGGCAGGGAGCCCAGGCGGCAUCAGAGCCAAUGAUGGGCAGUCCCCACUUCUUGUUGGUCCUCCCCAUCUUUCUCCACACCCCCAGCUGAUUUCUGUAAGGGCAACACUGAGACUGAAGAGGAGGAAGCUGAGAGCAGGGGCGACCCCUUGGUCUGGCUGUAAGAAAAGAGGGCAGGAAGGUGGGGGCUGGCUGAACGCAGACCGAGCGUUGGUCGGCCGCUGCCCCAUUUGCCCUAACAAACUAGCUUCCACUAAUUUUAUAUCCUCCCCCCUUUCCUCCAAUAAGCUAAAGGCAGCAUAGAUAGGGCUCUUGCUCCUCUGCCACUACCCUUGCAGCUGGUUGCGGGUUCAGAUUCUGCAGUGGAAGAGAGACACACCCUGCAUUUAUUACCCCCCCCUUUUCUCCGAAGAGUUCAAAGGGGCAUAGUGGUUCUUCCCCCCCUUCAAUUCACCCCCACAACAACCCUGUGAGGUAGGCUAAGAGGCAGCGACUGCCCCAAGGUGAGCUGGCAGCAGACUGGGGAUUUGAACCCCGGUGUCAGGAGCGAGCCAGCAGUAAAUCGCACUGAGCUAGUUGGAGUUAAAUGUGUCUUAGCAAAAACACAAUCUACAUAGGGGUGUCAGGCCUAAUGUGGACAGCAACAUCUCCAGCAGGCCUUGCCCCCAUGGAGCAGUUGCAGAGACUGAAGGUGCUUGUCUUCCUGCUGCUGUCUAAGUACCUUCCUCUCCAAGGUUUGCCCCAAGCAAUCUGAGACUGUACCUGCAUGAUGCUAAUUUCUCCUUGCCCCUCUUCCUGGUGUCUUGCCUAGUUUUGGGAGACUGGGGGUGGGGGUGGAGGGGAGCUUAUCGCAGCAGGAGGGAGAGACACCCGUGACUCUUCGCCAACCAGAUCCUCUCUGCUCCUUGGUCUCCCUCCACCCUUCUUCAGCUUCUGCAUCUGAUUCUGGGCUUCUUUCUGCCACAGACUCUCCCCGCUCACUAAGCCCUGUUGCCUUCAGUUUCCAACACCUCCUGUUCUCCUUCUGACCGCUCAUCGUUGUCCCACCACCACUCCCCGGGCUCUGAGCCUUCUUCCCCUGGGGGUUCCCCAGCUGGUUCCUCCCACCAUUCCUCUGCGCCCCAACCAGUCCAUGACACCUGGUUUCUCCUGGUCCCUGGCGCUCUCACCGCUAUGCCACACUGACACAGAGAUACAAAAGUGGUUUUGACAAUGCAGAAUUAGAUAAGGUGACAGGAAGGAUCCGAACCCUGCGGGACCAGAGAUUCUUAGAGGACUGGAGUAAAUAUCUGAACAAUUUGAAAAGCAAUUGUAAUAAACAGAUUACGCUAGUAGGACUGCAAGAAGAUUGGUAAGAAGGGCUGUGCGAAAUAUUGCAAUGAAGACUAUGAAGAGAGUUAUAAGGAUGAUUAAAAGUAAUAGAGAAAUUAAGAAAUGUAGACAAAGUGAUAAAGAUUGAAAAAUCUUCAGAUGUGGCCGAUGGAAGUCCAAAAUAUUGUAUGAAAUAAUAUGUUAAAUGAUUGUUGGAAAUGGUAUGUUAAAAAACUAAUAAAAAUAUAUAUUAAAAAAGAGAGAGAUAAAAAGUGGGUGUUUGGGGGGCAUAUGAAAGGCUUCCUGGCAAGGAGCUGCAAUAGGAGCAGCCCUCUGCGCUUACGAGGGUCUAAUUAGAAAGUGCUAAUUACCAAUUUGCAAGGGGAGGGGGGCGGCUUUGGUUGUUUUCUGUCCCCAGCCUGCCAGCAGCUGACACCCAGCCGUUUCCCUCCUGCACAGACCCAGCUGGGAGACAGCCGCCUCAGCCCAGACAUCGGCUACGUGGUCCUGACCACUCUGUGCCCUGCCCUGCGAGCCCUGGUGGGCGACGGCCUGAAGCCCUUUCAGAAAGAUGUCAUCACGGGCCAGAGACCGAGUUCCCCGUGGAGCGUUGUGGAAGCCUCAGCCAAGCCAGGUAGGAAGGAGGCCUCAGAUAGGCAGGAGGUGGGUUUGUUUGGUGGUCGUUUUCCUUUCCAAAAAUCUUGAUUCUGCAGCCCUAAAGGCCACAUUUUGCAGAGCUUCCUGGUUAAAGCCGGUAGGAUAAAUCUGCUUAUUUUGCGUAAUUGGUUGGUUGUUAGUUCUCUCAAGUCGCUAAUAUUGUUUUGUGGCUUGUGAGUGCUAUGGUAGUGAUUUGUGAAUCUUUUGCUGUGGUUGUGCUGUUUAGCUAAUAAUAAUAAUAAUAAUAAUAAUAAUAAUAUAUGUAUAUGUAUAUCCCGCCCUCCCCAGCCGAAGCCAGGCUCAGAGCGGCUAACAACAAUAUAAGUAACACAACAUUCUAAAAUCAAUUCAUUUUAAAAUCAAUUCAAAAUCAAAUUCAUGGCAACCAUUGGGCUAGAGUUCUGUGAGGAUUACCAAAGGACUGUGCCUUGGCCAAAGGCCUGGUGGAACAGCUCUGUCUUGCAGGCCCUGCGGAAAGAUGUCAAGUCCUGCAGGACCCUAGUCUCUUGUGACAGAGCGUUCCACCAGAUUGGAGUCACAGCCGAAAAAGCCCUGGCUCUGGUCCAGGCCAGCCUAACCUCCCUGUGGCCUGGGACCUCCAAGAUGUUUUUGUUUGAAGACCGUAAGGUCCUCCGUGGGACAUACCAGGAGAGGAGGUCCCGUAGGUACGAGGGUCCUAGGCCGUAUAGGGCUUUAAAGGUUAAAACCAGCACCUUAAACCUGAUCCUGUACUCCACUGGGAGCCAGUGCAGCUGGUAUAGCACUGGGUGAAUGUGAUCCUGCAGCGAGGACCCCGUAAGGAGUCUCGCCGCGGCAUUCUGCACCCGCUGGAGUUUCUUGGUCAGUCUCGAGGGUAGCCCCACGUAGAGCGAGUUACAAUAAUCAAGUCUGGAGGUGACCGUCGCGUGGAUCUUUUCAGUUCUUUCAUUUAGCAAUUUAUAGAGAGUGGUUGUUUUAUUGCUGAUAUGUUGAGUUGGAAGGGACCCUGUGGAUCAUCUAGUCCAACUCCCUGCAAUGCAGGAAUAUGCAGCUGCCCCUUAUGGGGAUUGAACCUGCCACCUUGCCAUUACCAGCACCACGCUCUAACCAACUGAGCUAUCGUUUUACAGAUGAUUCAUUAAUUGUUCUAGACGAUUUGUGUUGCAAUUGUGAUGUUCUAUUAUGCUAUUGUUAUAUCUUGUUUGUGAUCCGGUUUGUGACUCGUGGGAGUGAAAAGCAGCAUAGAAAUGAAUGAAUGAAUGAAUGAAUGAAUGAAUGUGUUAUAAAAAUUUUAAGGAAUGAAUGAAUGAAUGAUUGGGUUCUUCUGGCCCAGGGGACGGGAUGAAAAGUGAUGUUGCACGCUUAAGUUCAACCACCCCACCUAAGCAGCCUUAAGGACCAUAUAGCUUACUCUUCAUACACAUUUGAAUCUUCUGAAAUAUAUGUUUUAUUUCCUUAUUCAUUCCAGCUGCUUUCCUGGUUUCUUCCGGUGGCAUUCUUGUUUCCACGCUGUGCUGUGUGUUUGUUUCAAGCUGCACACCGCUCAGAUGUUUUUCGAGACGUCAAGCGGUGGAGAAAUGCUUUUAAAUAAAUAGAACAAAGCACGCUGCAAUUAAAACAGUGAAAGCAGGAGGUUCAUGUCAGGAGAUCGGAGUGUGUGUGUGUGCGCGCUUGUCUAAACAGGUUGAGUCUUCGAGAACCAGCGAAAUAAUAGAAAUGGGAGAUUGAGGCAGGCUCUUUCUGGCUAGGUGCACUCCUGGUCCAUAAGGAUUUCGUGAGCUCUCAUAUUUGGGGCAGUCGUGGCUUGCUCAUUCAUUCCUGUGGGUCUUUUGGGGCAGGGGCGGGGAGCUGGGAUGUGGCACUAAGUGAAGGCAUCUGCUGGUGUUUCUCCAUGUGCUUCUCGCCCAGGCCCCCACGCUCGGUCGCUGAACGCCUUGUACUGGCGGGUAUCGCGCUUGGCUCCCCUUCGCAGCAACCAGCAGCGCUUCCACGCUUUCAUCCUGGGCCUCCUGAAGUGAGUAGAAGACAUUGGUGGGGGGGUUGUUGUAAAUCAUUUGCCUUACAUGCAGGAGGUUCCCGCAUGUUCAGUCCCCAAUGGCAUCUCCAGGUCGGGCUGGGAAUGUCCCCUGCCUGAAACCCUGGAGAGCUGCUGCCAGUCAGUGUGGACAAUAUUGACCAAGCAUAUCACACGGUGCAAGGCAACUUAAAUCUUCUUCUUCUUUUUUUAAGAAUAAUAUUUAUUAUGUUUUCCAUUUUAACAAGCCAAUAAAAGCCACUUUGGAAACAUUCCAAAUUAUAAUGCAAUCAAACAGUCCAAAUUUUAUGCCAAAUUAUAACGCGGGUGGUGCUGUGGGUUAAACCACAGAGCCUAGGACUUGCCGAUCAGAAGGUCUGCAGUUCGAAUCCCCGCGACGGGGUGAGCUCCCGUUGCUCGGUCCCUGCUCCUGCCAACCUAGCAGUUCAAAAGCACGUCAAAGUGCAAGUAGAUAAAUAGGUACCGCUCUGGCGGGAAGGUAAACGGCGUUUCCGUGCGCUGCUCUGGUUCGCCAGAAGCGGCUUAGUCAUGCUGGCCACAUGACCCGGAAACUGUACGCCGGCUCCCUCCGCCAAUAAAGUGAGAUGAGCGCCGCAACCCCAGAGUUGUCCGCGAUUGGACCUAAUGAUCAGGGGUCCCUUUACCUUUACUUUUUUAUAAAUCUUUGGUUGACUCCCCAUGCUCUGAAGUUCGGGGAAUGAUGAUCUCACAUUGUGCUGCAUUCCUUAAUUCAUCCAGGUAAUUCCAACGAAACAUUCCAGUGUCGAUCCUUCAUUUAUAUUUAACAGCCUCUGAAUUUGUCCAGCAGGCGGAUUCGUCCUGCAAGGCAACUUAAAUCAGCCCUUUACUCAAAUCCAUGAGGACUAGGGUCUUGCUUUCUUUUUAGGGCCAAGGCCCAUAGCGCAGUGAUGGAGCAUUUCCUUUGCAUGCCCAAAGGUCUCAGCUGCAACCUUUGCAACCUCCCUGAGGGGGGAAGGAUCCCUACCCGAAACCCUGGAGAGCUGUUGCCGGUCAGUAUUGAGCCAGGUAGACUCAAAGGUCUGAUUCUACAAGGCAGCUUUCAGGCAUUGCUACGUUUGAUGCUAAAACCCUUUGUCUUGGCCUGUUCGUCCGUAGCAUGAUGUCCCAAACGCAUCAUUGAGACUGGAGGCAAGUCUCCCUUCAGUAGAAGUACAGACUUGGCAAAGAACUCUUAACUUCUGGCUCCGCCAAAACUCAAAUCCCCCCCGGUUUACUAUCCCUAGUACUUCAAGACUCCCAUAAAAGUGCCUGGCUUAAAACUGUCUAUCAAAAACUUCACUCUUGUGGCCUAUCCCCCCAACACCUACUCACUAUGGGCCCUACUAAAGCAAACAGUCUAAUUGGUCAACGUCUAAAAGAUAUCGAGCAUCAGAACAACCUGGCCACUAUAAGGAAAUUCUGCCCUUGGUAUGUUCAUUUUCCACCUCUCCAUUUUGAUUCUCUGGCCCCAUAUCUGCACAAACUUAUUAUCCCAAAAUACAGACGUGCUUUUACACUUGCAAGACUGGAUGUUUUGUCAUCUGCGGUACUUGAGGGUCGAUUCCAAAAGAUCCCGCCUGAGGAACGCCUUUGCCCCUGUGGAGAUGGUAGCACUGAAACAGCGGCACACGUCCUCCUGUCCUGUACUCUCUACAAAGACCUGAGGAACCAGAUCAUCACCCCACUCGUACUAACCAUCCCAGGGCGCUCAACCACUGCCACAAUGUCCUUUCUUCUAUCAGAUCAAAAUGAGCAGAUAACAGCAAAGGUUGCUAGGUUCAUAGCAGGGGCAAUCAGAAUAAGGGCCACUAACUGACGGCUGAUUCAGGACUUUAAAUGGUGCUCUUAUAUCACAUUUCCUUUUCUGCGUAUACUGUAAUGUUUUACUGUUGCUAUGGCCAUUGGCUAAUGCGAAUAAAGUUUUAUCUCAUCUAUCUUAUCUCCGUAGCAUGAAGCAGUUGGAGCAGUGGUUUGCCAACCUGCAGCGGAACUCAGGUAAAUUUGGGGCACUCCACGUUUUUUAUUAGCACCUCCACGACGUACUGAUAUUAGGCAAGUGCCUGUGCAUUACUCUUUUUGGUGCCUGCUAAAACCCUUUUUUGUUUAAGCACGCCUACCAUAGAAUCAUAGAGUUGGAAGGGACCCUGAGGGUCAUCUAGUCCAACCCCCCCUGCAAUGCAGGAAUCUUAACCCAGGCACGUAUUUUAAUAUAAGCUUUUAUAUUUGGAACUGCAGGGGGCACGGAGAGGGAAUUCUGGUUUUUAUUUAUAUCUUUAAAUUUUUUAGGUUCACUUGUGGGGGGUUUUAAAUACACAAGAAUUAGAAACUUGGUGGUGGUGGUUCUUUUAAAAAGUGAAAAUGGAAGAUUAAUUCUGCUCCCUGGUGUCACACCCUCUACCUUCUCCCCCACCCAGUGCUCCUGGAAAAUCACAGAAUUGUACAUUUGGAAGGGACCCCAAGAAUCACCUAGUCCAACUCCCUGCAUAGCCAGCCCUUCUCAAACUGGGGUCCCCAACUGCUGUUGGACUACAACUCCCAUCAUCCCUGACCACUGGUCCUGGUAGCCGGGGAUACUGGGAGUUGCGUGGCGAGUUCCCACCUCCCAUCAGUAGGAAAUAACGACACGUGACACAAGUAUUUAGGUUAAUGGGCUAAAUAGGCCACAGCUUUAUUGGUUAUAGGUAAAGAGCGGUAUUGGCUUAGGCAUUGGUCCUAACCGACUUUCCGGCUUCAGCCUGUUUGCUUGAAGACCGGGAAGGGUUAACACCAGCAGGGGGAGCCCUGCUGAUGCACAUCAACUAGGGACUCCCCUGGGGUCACCGCUCGGGGGGUGCGCUUUAGGCCCUGACCUCCAUAGGCUUCGGAGGAGGCCACGCCCCCCGGAAUCCUUUACCAGACUACCCUUCAAUAUUUGGGGGAGGUGAUGGCGCUCCUCCCCCCCCAACACAUCUGCAUAACAAUACCCCUACCAAUGCCUAACCGCCAAAACCAAGGAAGUUGUGAUGAUUUGCUACGAGGUAGGCGGAAAACCAAAUGGCCAGUGCCAAUUUGCCAAGUGGAAAAAAUUCCUACCAGGCCCCUUAAGGGCGACCAACCGAGGUCCAGAGCAAGGUCAGAAAGGAAACCUUGAAGGGCAGGCGGGCGGGAAACCUAAAAAGCUGAGCGGCCAAAGAGGGAGAUCCCGGACUGCGCUGCGCGGGUGUUGGGGGCAUCAGCCCGCAACACCACCUCCUCCUGAGGUCAGAAGUGGCUUUGUAAUCCAACAGCAAAGUUGAGACAGACUUAGAAGGAUGCGUUUCUGACCUGUUCAUGCCGUCUCCCAACCCCACAGAGCUGAUUUCGGCGCUGUACUUGCCCACCGCCUUCCUGGUACUCAGCCAAGGCUUCUGCCGCCGCUGGGCCGACGAGCUCCUCCUGCUGCUCCAACCGCUCUCCAUGCUGACCUUCCAGCUAGACCUCCUCUUCGAGCACCAGCACCUGCCGCUCGAUGUCCGGCCGCCACCCCGGCGUCCCACCCCACCGACUGAGCUGCUGGCCGGUUCCCAGAAGGCUCGGGGAGGGAGCCGAGUCACUUUGCCCAAACGCCCGCCUCCUCUCGCCGGCCUGGCGGAAGGGCCCGUGGCCCAAUCCAGCCCGCUCCAUGAGCCCCAGGCCGGGCCGCCUUUGCACCAGAGACUCCUGCGGUGGGGCGACCGGCUGAGCCACACCUUCCGAGGCGGCGAGGGAGCCCCCGAGGCGGAGGCGGGCGCUGAAGGGAGCUGCCAGGAGAGCGAGGAGAAUAAGCAGAGUUGGUGGGAGCAGCUGAGCCGGGCCUCGGGGGUCUACGGCGAGCCCCCGAAGCAGGAGGGCUUCCCUCACACCCACUGGACCAAGCUGAGGGCGGCUCUGGGAGAAGCUGUGGAGGCGGCCCGCAGCGGGGCUGGAGAAGCCAGCGUGAGCCCCGACGUGCUGCCCCAAGCGCCCAGCCCCAGAGGAAGCAGCUCAGUGGAGAACCCAAGGCAGGCACCCGCUGUCUGCGAAGAAGGCAACUCACCCGUAGGGGAAGCUGCAGGGAAGCCAGAGGCGACCUGCUUGCCUGAUGCCCAGGAGGCAGCCAAAAAGCUUGAGGGCACUGGAACUGCAAAGGGAAACUGGCUAGGGUGGCUCUUCGGAGCAGCCGCUCCAGGAUGCGCCAACGAGGCCGAUUCUCACCUGUCGAAAUCCAGGUAAGUGGAUGGCCAGCGGGGGAACCUGAAGCCCAUAGCUGUCAACCUUCCCUUUUUUUGCGGGAAAUUCCCUUAUUCCAGAGCCGCUUCCCGCUGCUAUCCCGGAUUGUUAGAUAUCCCGUAGACUGUCCCCAGGACAGGUGAGGCGGCUGAUCCCUUAAAUUUCGAGGCUCCCCGGGACAGGUGAGGCUGCUGAUCCCUUAUUUUCGAGGCUGCUGAUCCCUUAUUUUCAAAUCUGAAAGUUGACAGCUAUGCCUGAAGCCAGCAGGCCAAAUGCGGCCCUAUGAGCCUUUCUAUGUGGCCCUUGGAACUAUCCCUCAGCCCACACCCCUUCUUCCAGGGCACACCCCUCACCAGCCCUGCUUCCCACCCUCCUAGAGCAUUUUCGCUUGUCUGAAAUUGGGAUCCCUUGAGAACUAAUCUCCCGUACAAAGGAAAUAUUUACAUCAGUUUCUCCACCCGCUUUGGCCUCUGGCGCCACCCACUACUUUCAUGCGGCCCCUGGAAGGUUGCCCUCAGAAGGGAAUGUGGCCCUCAAGCUGGAAAAAGCUUCUCUGCCCCUGAGUUUAAAGCGAUCUGGUCAGAAGUAGCAGCUCCCUAGGAAAUAUAUAAGGCAAGUUAUUCCCGCCAUCUCCCGCUUGCGAACUUGGUCCUUGCCAGCAGUCAGAAUUAGCCAAGUAAGACAGACUUGUGCCCUGAAGGCAGCGUGGUUCUCCCUAAUUUUUCCCAGCGAACUCCUCCGGUUUGCAGGAAGGGACAAAGACACCGCUCUGCCUGAAAAACUGGGAUUCGAACCCAAACCUUCUAGACUCAAAAGUUAGGACUGUCCCCUGCCUAAUACUCCAACCAAGUGCCCAACUUUCAGGCAGUAUGUCUGAUGUCUCUAAUUAAAAUUGUACCCCCAACAGCAAAAAAGUGGGUUUUUCUCAUGAGUCAGGUAUAUUCUCUUUCCUAUCCAAGCAGACGCCCGUCAAGCUGGUUGCCGCCCACCAUGAAUAUCCUGGCUCUGGUGAUGAAGGGGGCACCGGCCGAGAAGAGCUGGCCAGAGGAAUCGUGGGAAGACGUCCCACCAAGCCCACAACAGCCAUACAGGUGAGCCAUCCUCUCUCCGUGCCCAGGGCUGCAACAAAGUGCUUCUGCUGGGGGUUUCAGGCACUCCACUCUAUUACCCCUCCCACUCUGGGUUUUCCACCAGUCCGCCCCUCAGUCUGUAGUCUGUGCCCACUGAGCAUGCUCAGUACUCCUUGGGCUAGGAAGAGGGAGAUGUGUCCUCCUUCGGAUUUUCCUUUCCUUUCCUAAACAUUUCUUGGUACUUCUGCAAAGACUUUGGUGUGGUAGAGCAUGAGACUCUUGAUCUCGGGGUCGUGGGUUCGAGCCCGACGUUGGGCAAAAGUUUCCUGCAUUGCAGGGGGUUGGACUGGAUGACCCUUGGGAUCCCUUCCAACUCUAGAUUCCCUGAAUCUGCCAAUUCUCCUGAGAGGCCAUAUUGGGUACUUAAAGCAACAGUACUCACAGGAAGCUUGAUGCAUAUCUAGUCAGACCAUGGCCUCAUCCAGUAUACCUGAAGGAGCAUCUCCACCUCCAUCGUUCUGCCUGGACACUGAGGUCCAGCUCCAAGGGCCUUCUGGCGAUUCCCUCAUUGCGAGAAGCCAAGUUACAGGGAACCAGGCAGAGGGCCUUCUCGGUAGUGGCAUCCGCCCUGUGGAAUGCCCUCCCACCAGAUGUCAAAGAGAACAACAACUAUCUGACUUUUAGAAGACAUCUGAAGGCAGCCCUGUUUAGGGAAGCUUUUAAUGUUUAAUAGGUUAUUGUAUUUUAGUGUUUUGUUGGAAGCCACCCAGAGUGGCUUGGGAAACCCAGCCAGAUGGGCGGGGUAUAAAUAAAUUAUUAUUAUUAUUAUUAUUAUUAUUAUUAUUAUUAUUGGCUACACGGGCUGGCAGUGACAUUUCAGGGUUUCAGGCAGGCCUAUCCGGAGGUGCCAUUGGGGACUGAACCUUCUGCAUGCAAUGGUGGUGUUUCCUGUCCCUUCCCCUAGCAGCCUUUCUCAACCUGUGGGUCCCCAGAUGUUGUUGAACAUCUGCAACUCCCAUCACCCCUAGUUAGCAAGGCCAGAGCUCAGGGAUGAUGGGAGUUGUAGUUCAACAACAUCUGGGGGCCCACAGGUUGAGAACCGCUGCCUAAGGGAUGUGCACUUUGAAAGGAGACCCGUCUGUGUUUUCGUCGUGUGUCACCCCCCGCUCAGUCUGUGUCGUCCCUCUGACUCCAUCCAGGGCCGUUCGCGCUCUCUGCGACCACGCCGGCAGCCGGGACGACCACCUCAGCUUCCGCAAAGGCGACGUCUUGCGGGUCCUGGACACGGUGGACGAAGACUGGAUCCAGUGUUGCCACGGAGACCGCCGAGGCCUAGUCCCCGUCGGCUACACCUCUCUCAUCCUGUGA